GAGCAACGGCCGCUCUUCGGCGCGGCUCGUGCCGGGCGGCAGCAGCGCAGCCCGCGCCGCAGUGCGCUCCGUGCGGCUCUCGGCAAUGGGAGGCUGGUUAGCGGCUGGUGUGAGCGGGGGAAGGCCGGGUUUGUGUAGCAGGCUGUUUUUGUGAGCUUUUUCAGUUAAGAAUAUAGAAGUCAUCAUUGUUUCUGCCCCAGCUGGCUCGGCAGGUUGGGACUAGAGAGAAGAAAUAGGGUGGGUAGUGGCCUGGGAGAGGUUGGCCGUGAAAAAGGUUUCUCUGGUAGUGCUGCGUGCUUUGGUUCGCUGUUGGAGCGGGCAGUGCCAGCUGUCUUCCCCUUACCUUUGUUUGGGUUGCACUCUGCGUGCCGCACAACGCGGGGCGCUGUCAGGAGAUGUCCCUGUCCCAGGAGGCUGCGGGCGCGCGCUGAGCGAUGAGCUGACGCGCUGGCUUUGCCACUGCCGCCUGUCCUCUGGAUGGCAGCAGUAACACCGUGAGCCUGAGCCUCUACUCCUCGGGCCCCCAGGUGGUGGGAGCUCGCUGCUCUUCCCCUCAGCUGGCCAUGGUGGUGUACUUUGCUUUUGUUUUCCAGAUGGGAUUUCAGUAAAGUCCUUGGGUUCUAUCAGUUGGCUUUUUGUUUAGAAUAGUUUAGGUUUGUUUUUAGCUUCUGCUGGUUUCUCAGAACAAUUCUUUAUGCAGCUGCCUGGACUGACUUCUUGCUACUUCUCUUCAGGUUCCUUGCUAACACAACAGUAUUGCAAUAGUAUGUGGCACCUCUGGGCUAAGCCCUGGAGCACCUAAUGCCAGCAGCAGCCUCAAGUGGCUUCUGAGCUCCUGGAAAACUGUAACUGUUGCCAUUGUGGUGUUCUGGGAGUAAUUGUAUUUGCAGUGCUACAACACAGUUAGCUUUUCAAAUCCCUGGGGCAUCUAGUUGUGCUUAGCAGCAAUUUGUGCUUCCCCUAGCUUGAACACCUGAUUUAAAGGAGGAAGCAAUAGGAUGCACCUCUUCCCUGGAAGAACAAGUACCUCAGAUGCCCCAGGUUCCACUGCUUUUGGCAGCAGAGCUCUUCACUGCUGCUUGUUUUCAUUGCUUUUUAAAUGAGCAUGCCUAACUGGAAGCUGUAAAAGUCACCAAUAAAACUGCGGUGUAACUUCUGUACUGUCUAAGUGUGCAGUGCUGUGAUAAACAGUAAAACUCGACUUCAGCUGUGCAGAAAUCCUACCUGUGUUAAGACCUGAAAGGUAUAAAAAGAAUCGAGCACAUAAGCUGGAACAGAAUUAGAAAGGUCGGCUAGCUUGCUCUAGACAAGAAGAUCAAGACUGUAAGGACAUCCUGUUUGAUUGAAAGAAGUUGCUUCUACUUGUGGAGUGACUUAUGAUGUCAAGAACUGUAUCAUCCUGGAUCUUAGGCUCAGCAAAGAACACCUUUGUGUUACAAAGAAGAGGGCGUUUGUAUUCCAUAUGUGUCCCAAACAGACACAAAAUAAAAUGGAAGCUUGUUUUUUCCAAAACAUUUCAUUACCCUGCUGGGACCUGCAGCUUAGACAAUACUUUCUCCUUGAGAAAAGCAUUCAGGCACACCUCCACUGAAGAAGAAGAAUUCUCUUUCCAGUUGUCUCCAACACAAAUCAACGAUAUACUCAGAGCAGGUGAAAUAUCCCAUAAAAUACUGGAUUCAAGUUGUAAAAGUACUAAUUCUGUGUUGAGGUUUGAAAGUAACCAACUGGCAUCCAAUACUCCUAUUGAAGACCGCAGGAGUGCAGCCACUUGCUUGCAGACCAGGGGGAUGAUGUUUGGUGUCUUUGAUGGCCAUGCUGGUUCUGCUUGUGCUCAGGCAGUAAGUGAGAGACUACUUCAUUAUAUAGCAGUUUCUCUCAUGUCUCGACAAACUUUGGAAGAAAUGGAGCUUGCUGUGGAGUGCAUGAAACCAGUUAUUCCUAUUCUGCAGUUGCACAAGCAUCCAAAUGAUGUAGAGCAUCGAGAAAUGACUUCACAGUAUUUUGAGAGCCUGCGAGUUUACUGGCAGCAUUUACUGGACCUAGACAUUGAGCCAGGAUUUAGUUUGGAAGAAGCCAUGGUUAGCGCAUUCAAAAGGUUAGACUCAGACAUAUCACUGGAAGUUCAGGCUCCCCAGGAAGAUGAAUUGGUGAGAAACACUGCCCUUCAGGUAGCUUUUUCUGGUGCAACAGCGUGUGUAGCUCACAUUGAUGGUGUUCACCUGCAUGUUGCAAAUGCUGGUGAUUGCAGAGCAAUUUUAGGGGUUCAUGAAGAAGAUGGAACUUGGUCUACUCUCCCUCUAACACGAGACCACAAUGCCUAUGAUGAAUCUGAAAUCAGAAGACUAAAGAGAGAACAUCCUAGAUCCGAGGAGAAAACGCUGUUUGUGAAUGACAGAUUACUGGGCAUUCUCAUGCCCUCCAGAGCUUUUGGAGAUGUGCAACUAAAAUGGAGUAAAGAAUUGCAACACAGCGUUCUUGAGAAUAGCUCUGAUGUUGGGGCGUUAAAUAUUUAUCAGUAUGUUCCUCCAAACUAUCACACGCCCCCAUAUUUAACAGCGGAGCCUGAAGUCACAUACCAUAAACUAAGAGGCAAGGAUAAGUUUCUCAUUAUUGCUUCGGAUGGAUUAUGGGAGAUGCUCAGUAAUGAAAGGGUUGUAAAACUAGUUGCUGGACACCUUACAGAGCUUAAUGUGCAGAAACCACAACUAGCUUUUGAGAAACCAGUUAAUUUGGGUUAUUUGCACAACCUGUUACUUCAGAGGAAAAACAGGGGUAUCACCUCACUGGACCAGAACAUAGCGACACAUUUAAUACGGCACGCAAUUGGGAGUAAUGAAUAUGGGGAAGUGGACCAAGAGAAACUUGCUGCGAUGCUGACACUGCCUGAAGACCUUGCGAGAAUGUACAGAGAUGAUAUCACAGUUACUGUAGUCUAUUUUAAUUCAGAAGCAAUUGAAAACUAUUAUAGAAACAACAAAUAGAGACUUGCAUAGCUGCUAUUCUGUACUGUUAGCCAACUUUGAUAUUGAAACCAUUACUGUUUUUCCUUGAUAGUCAAGCUGUUACCAGUGUCAGAAACCUUUUUUUU